AUAUUCUUUACAGCGAUGGUAAUCUGAAUGAUAGAAUAAAAAAGCUGAUCGUUUGAGCUUUUGAUUUUUGAUCGAUGAGAGCAAAGAGAGAACAAGCAGAAUAAAUAUAAAAAAAUUUCAUGCUCUUCUCUAUAGCACAAUAGCAGCAACGGAACACGAAGAACAAAGCCAUGAAGAACAGCGAUAACAGCAGUUCAAGUCUCGAUUCAAGAUUCAACCAGACCCUCAAAAAUGUCCAAGGGUUGCUCAAAGGUCGCAGUAUUCCUGGUAAAAUAUUACUGACUAGGAGAACAGAUCCACCAGAGGAUCCAAACUUACAUGAACGCACUCCUAGUUUUGGAAGGAGCUUCUCAGAAAAUGAUGCUGGUACAAGUGAUCAAAUGGACACGUCGAUGGGGUCUGAAGCCCGGAGUACAAGCAAACUAAAUAGCAAUUCAACUACAACCAAGUUGAAACCUUCGUACUCCAACAUUGAGAUUGCUUCCAAAGAUGUUCAGAAGUCCCCCAUGGGGGCUAGAGCUACAGAUUCUGCAAGAGUUACAAAGUUCACUAAGGAGCUAUCUGCAACAACAGUUAUAUUAGAGAGAUUGCGUGAGUUAGCUUGGAGUGGUGUACCACCAUAUAUGCGCCCCACCAUUUGGAGGCUUCUCUUGGGAUAUGCACCACCUAAUUCAGAUAGAAGGGAGGGGGUUUUGAGAAGGAAGCGGCUCGAGUAUCUUGAUUGUGUGGCUCAGUUUUAUGACAUUCCAGAUACUGAACGUUCAGAUGAUGAGGUCAACAUGCUUCGCCAGAUAUCUGUUGAUUGUCCAAGAACUGUACCUGAUGUCACUUUCUUCCAACAAGAACAAGUUCAGAAAUCCUUGGAGCGCAUUCUUUAUACAUGGGCAAUUCGACAUCCUGCAAGUGGAUAUGUUCAGGGAAUAAAUGAUCUUGCUACGCCCUUUCUGGUUGUUUUCUUGUCUGAAUACUUGGAAGGAGACAUCGAUAACUGGUCCAUAUCUGAUCUACCUGCAGAUAAAAUCUCUGACAUAGAGGCUGAUUGUUAUUGGUGCCUGUCGAAGUUGCUAGAUGGCAUGCAAGACCACUACACUUUUGCUCAACCUGGGAUACAGAGACUUGUGUUUAAGUUGAAGGAAUUGGUUAGACGGAUUGAUGAACCUGUUUCAAGGCAUAUGGAGGAGCAAGGGCUUGAAUUUCUUCAAUUUGCUUUUCGCUGGUUCAAUUGUCUUUUAAUACGUGAGAUCCCUUUUCAUCUUGUUACCCGCCUGUGGGAUACUUACCUUGCUGAAGGAGAUGCAUUGCCAGAUUUCCUAGUGUACAUAUACACCAGUUUUCUUUUGACGUGGUCAGAUAAGCUUCAGAAACUUGAUUUCCAAGAGUUGGUGAUGUUUCUUCAACACCUUCCAACUCACAACUGGACGCACCAAGAGCUGGAGAUGGUACUUUCUAGAGCAUAUAUGUGGCACAGUAUGUUCAACAGCUCCCCCAGCCACUUAGCUAGCUAGAGAGGAAGUAACAUUACCUCCCUAUUAACAGCCUCAAUUCAAUUUCCCUUUCAAUACUUUUUUUUUUGGGUUGCUCAAAACAGUUUGUCAUCCUCAAAUGUAUGAUUUCUCAUUGUAGUAUAGAGGUGAUCAACCAUUUCUGUCCCAUGUGUGGUUGUGUAACAUUUUUGUAUUCUCUAGCAUUGUACAUUUACCAUUGACUAAUGACUCGAGAAAGAAAAAGAAUCUAUGUAUAACAAUUGGUUGAAGUUGAUAAAUGGGAGUUACCGGCAUCAUGUAACAA